GGGGAGGGGCCGCCCGCCCUAGCGCUUCCGGCGGGGCCGGCUGCGGCUCCGCCAUGGGGAAGAAGCACAAAAAGCACAAAGCCGAGAAGGCAGAAUGGCGCUCGACCUCCGCCACCGCCUACAGCGAUUAUGUGGAUAAACCUUUGGAAAAACCCUUGAAGCUGGUUCUUAAAGUUGGAGGCAGUGAAGUGACUGAACUCUCUGGGUCAGGGCAUGAUUCUAGUUACUAUGAUGAUAGAUCAGAUCAUGAGCGAGAACGACAUAAAGAAAAGAAGAAAAAAAAGAAGAAAAAGUCAGAGAAGGAAAAAGAAAAGCAUCUAGAUGAUGAGGAAAGAAGAAAGAGAAAGGAAGAGAAAAAGAGGAAAAGAGAGAAAGAACAGUGUGACACUGAAGGAGAAACUGAUGACUUUGAUCCUGGGAAAAAGGUAGAGGUUGAACCUCCUCCAGAUCGUCCUGUCAGAGCAUGCAGAACUCAGCCAGCUGAAAGUGAGAGCACACCGAUCCAGCAAUUACUGGAACACUUCCUUCGCCAGCUUCAAAGGAAAGAUCCUCAUGGGUUUUUUGCUUUUCCAGUCACGGAUGCCAUUGCUCCUGGAUAUUCCAUGAUAAUAAAACACCCUAUGGAUUUUGGUACGAUGAAGGAAAAAAUUGCAGCAAAUGAAUACAAAUCAGUCACUGAAUUCAAGGCAGAUUUUAAACUGAUGUGUGAUAAUGCAAUGACUUACAACAGACCAGAUACUGUUUACUACAAGCUAGCCAAGAAGAUACUGCACACAGGCUUUAAGAUGAUGAGCAAAGAACGGCUGUUAGCUUUGAAGCGCAGCAUGUCGUUUAUGCAGGACAUGGAUUUUUCUCAGCAGGCAGCUCUUUUGGGUGAUGAAGAUACAGCAGUUGAAGAACCUGUUCCUGAAGUUGUUCCUGUACAAGCAGAGACUACCAAGAAAUCCAAAAAGCAAAAUAAAGAAGUUAUUAGAGAGAAAUUCUUAGCUAAGCAAAUGGAAGAAGAUAACCCAGGAGAGAGAAAUGGAUUUGGUGUGAGGAGAUGCUCUACCCAGUACCUAAGCUGCAUUUUUGAACCUGAGGGGAAUGCGUGCAGCCUGACAGACAGCACUGCUGAAGAACAUGUCUUGGCACUAGUGGAACAUGCAGCAGAUGAAGCUCGGGAUAGGAUCAAUCGCUAUCUACCCAACAGCAAGAUUGGUUAUCUGAAAAAAAAUGGAGAUGGAACUUUAUUAUUUAGUGUAGUGAAUUCAUCUGAUCCAGAAGCAGAAGAGGAAGAAACUCACCCAGUGGAUCUGAGUUCACUGUCAAGCAAAUUAUUACCUGGCUUCACUACACUGGGCUUCAAAGAUGAACGAAGAAAUAAAGUAACCUUUCUUACCAGUGCCAAUACGGCACCUUCCUUGCAAAACAACUCUAUAUUUCAUGAUUUGAAACCAGAUGAGAUGGAGCUCCUAUACUCAGCAUAUGGUGAUGAAACUGGGAUCCAGUGUGCCUUAAGCUUACAAGAAUUUGUGAAGGAUGCUGGAAGUUACAGCAAGAAAAUAGUUGAUGAUCUUCUUGACCAGAUCACUAGUGGCGACCAUUCCAAAACUAUUUAUCAGCUAAAGCAGAGGCGAAACAUCCCAGUAAAACCACUGGAUGAAGUUAAAGUUCUGCCAGUUCUUAUAAAAGAAGAACACAAAUUGCGUAAUACCUGUCUGGAUUCUUCCAAACAGAUUAUGGUUGGAGAAUCUGCUGGAGACGGUAACACUUCUGACUUGGACUUUCUCUCCAUGAAGCCGUAUUCAGAUGUAUCUCUCGAUAUUUCUAUGUUAAGUUCGUUAGGAAAAGUGAAGAAGGAGCUUGAUCAUGAUGAUAACCAUCUACAUCUGGAUGAAACAACUAAGCUGCUUCAGGACCUUCAUGAAGCUCAGGCUGACCGAGUGGGAUCCCGGCCAUCAUCCAAUUUGAGUUCCCUCUCCAAUACCUCUGAAAGAGACCAACAUCAUCUUGGAAGCCCCUCUCAUCUGAGUGUUGGAGAACAGCAAGACAUGGUUCAUGAUCCCUAUGAAUUUCUUCAGUCUCCAGAAACCUCAAAUGCUACCAGUAACUAAUCUGACAUGUACUAUAUUUAUUUUGUAUUUUAUUUCUAUUAUGUUUUUAUAAAGUUUUUGUCCAUGACAGAAACUGCAUUUUUGUCCUCUUUUCUAUGAGGAUUGCUGUAUAAUAUUAUCAUGUAUACAAGAUUAAACAAGCAAACAUAAAAAAGCCUCAACCCCAAACUAAUUAGUGCAUCAUGUUGUUAGCAGUGUACCACGAACUGCUUUCAAUUUGUUUGUUAAGGGAGGGUCUGUGAAUCUUGACUGAAAAACAGCAAAUAAUGUGUUAGAAAAAUUUGUAUUUUACAGACACUGGAAAGUGAUGAUUUUCCCAGAAUGGCAGCAGUCAUUAAGUGCAAUACAAUUAUUUACUAGUUCUGUUCAAGUCUUAACCUGAACAUCUCCAAGGAGCAACAAAGAACCGCCUGAAUUUGUAUCAUUACUAUGUUUUCCAUCUCCUAAUGCUAAUAAUCUGUAUAAAUUGUUUUUAAAUAUUUUCCCAUGUUUUUAAAUAUUUUUUUAAUCACUGUAGAGAGCACUUAAUUUGAGAGCAACUAUACUUGGUAGUUGCAGUAAAAUGCUCAUUUACAAGACUUCUACCCUGGAUUUGAAAAAGAUGAAUGUUUUUCUGAUCCCUUGUAUCUUGAAACACAAAGAAAAGAUAAUACUUGUAUUUUGUAAUAUGAUGUGUAUAUCUCAUAGAAUGGAAAAAGUAUUGGAUAAGGUGUGCUUUUCAGUAAUUUCAAAAUAAAACUUUUAUAAAACAUCAA